AUGUCUUCAUAUAGAAUAGACAUACGCAAUUGCCAGCAGUAUACUGUCAUUUCAAAUGAUACGUGCAUCGGUAUCUGCAGUCAUAAUAAUAUCACCUAUGCUCAACUACUUUCUUGGAAUCCAGGAAUUGAUCCCGGAUGCUCGAAUCUCGCGAGCUUCAUCGAUAACAGCAUAUGCCUUAGUAACCCUCAAGGCCAAUUCUCAAUAACCAGUAACACAAUCAGUGCAACUGCAAUUGCGACUACAACAGCUUCUGUCCCAUCACCAACAUUAAACCAGACGACUUCUCGUUGUGCCCAAUACUACCUGAUUUCUGAUGGAGACGAUUGUUCCCUCCUAGCUACAAAAUUUGGCAUCACUCUCAAGGACUUCAUCUUCUUAAACUCUGAAGUAUGGUCUAAUUGUGCAAACCUAGAGCUAGGCUACUAUUACUGUGUCCAACCUGUCGGAUAUAUUUCCACCUAUCCUGGAUAUGGCCCUAGCGCUACAGCACCGCUCUUUAACCAGACUCCUUCCACUUCGCUGCCAAAAAUUGACAAUCCUCUAGCGAAUUGGCCCGUGAAUGAUUCUAUCAUCCCCAUCGCGAAUAACACGCGGAAAGAUUGCUAUGACUACAUUUACAUGAAUAACACAAAUACUACGGAAAACUUAGCUGCGGACUGUUGGAAUCUGGCCUGGGCUUAUGGAAUCACUAGUGAGGAGCUCGUUCUUUGGAAUCCAUCACUUGAAAAAAACGAUACUUCUUUCAGCACCCCGGCCCCAGAAGAAUCAUCAUGCAUAGCUAGCCCAACCGCUGUCUCCAGUGGUUCCAGCGUUUCUGUCUAUAGAUAUACCUAUCCAUGCACGCUUGCCGCAAAUACGUCUUAUUGCGUACUCUUGGUAUCUCCCACACCUGCCCCAUCAACACCCACUAUUCCCCCUGGGCCCCGCGCAAGUGGUCAAGUAGCCAACUGCACUAAUUGGUAUACACCAGCGGCAAGCGUUUCUUGCGCGAAGAUCCUGAAAAUGUUUCGUCUUACAAUUGACCAAUUCCAUUUCAUGAAUCCAUCGGUCAGCCAAGAUUGCUCGACACUUGUCAUGGGUACACAUUAUUGUGUUACGACGGAACGCGGCGGUGCACCUCUAGGGUAUUACGAUGAUGACGACAAUGAAACUUACACUACAACGAUAGGGGGGACAACAAGCAGUGGAACGGGAAUUGUUACGCCGUCACCCGUGCAGACAGGAAUGACAUCUGCGUGUGAUAACUUCUAUAAAGUUCAGAUACCAGACGGCUGCUUUGAUAUUGCACAAAACUACAGUAUUUCACUGGGCAACUUUUACGCUUGGAAUCCUGCAAUCAAGACGGAUUGCUCAGGGCUCCAUGCCGGUCUGUACGUCUGCGUUGGGGUCUUGACAUCAACUACAACUACUUCAGUUGUUACUACGAUGUCAAUUGGCGUUACAACUCCCACCCCGAUACAGAGUGGAGUGGCCGGAAACUGUAAGAAGUUUUACAGUGUUCACGCCGGAGACGAGUGUGCCGCAGUCGCGAGCAGUGAGAGCAUCCCCCUGGCUUCCUUUUACGCCUGGAACCAAGCUAUCAAGACAAACUGUGGCGGACUCCAGGCGGGCGUCUAUGUUUGUGUUGGUGUACAAACGAGUUUGCAUUCCCUUACCUCUACCACCAUCCCCACGCCGACUGAGAUAUUGACCCCUAGGCCAACGUAA